UCCGGGCUGAUUCACCAUGGUAGUCGUCCCCAACGAGCGGCUCGCGAAGCAGGGAUCCAGACGGGAUUAUCAACCGCAGACACCGCCGGGCUGCAGAGCGACGUUUCUGGCUCCGGUUCAGCUCAAGCACUCGGACCGCGUCGACGUUUACAUCCGGACCGACGUGAGGACACAGGAACCUUUACAUGGCAGCUGAGUGCUCGGCCCUCCUACCCUCUCCCGGUACCGUGCGGCCGCAGCAUCCAUCAUCUCCGCCUCCAAGCUAACGGGAUGACGGAGGAGAACCGAGCCUCCUCACGUACCAACACUGCGGGUGAGGCGACGUUCAGGGGCUGUGGGAAUUCUUAAAACCGCAUUGGCAGCGACUUUGAAGAGAGAUUUGAAGUCUUCUCUAGUUUGCUGUCAAAGCUCAGGGUGGAGCAUCAGGUGGGAGCUCAGGGUCUUGCUCAGGGGCACUAAGGCAGCUUGGGUGAAUGGGAGGAUGAUGGACCCUACUCUUCAUCUUCACCUCAAAUGAGUGGAAUGAGAGGACGAGGAACUGAUGAGAAAUGUGUCUCACUAAAGUAAAAGGACAGAUCAUGUUUGUCCUAUAUUGUUGUAUAUUUUGAUGAUCUGAGCCUGGAGAGCAGCUACAAUCAGAGAUACAUUAUCAGGUCAUGAGGUUGUCCUCAUAACCCACAGAAGACACUUUGAUCAUUCUGACACCACGAUGGUGGGAGCCACCGUCGCCUUGUGCCCCAGGACUACUGCGGUCUAACAGAAAUUCUGGUUCUGGAGCGUGGUGCUCUGCCAGCACUAUGGACUACCACGCCGAGUGCUGCUUCUGUGACCCCGAAGAGGGUCACGGUGGCCCGGAUGAGCUGCCGCUCCACAGCAUCCACGCACCCAACCGAAUCCGCCCAUCCUCGUACCGAGCCCUGAGGAGCGCCGUGUCUAGCCUGGCUCGCAUCGACGACUUCUUCUGCGAGAAGAUCGGUUCGGGCUUCUUCUCUGAGGUCUUCAAGGUGCAGCAUCGGAUCACAGGGCAGGUGAUGGCACUGAAAAUGAACACGCUGGCUAGCAACAAAGCUAACAUGCUACGAGAAGUGCAGCUCCUGAACAGGCUUUGCCACCCUAACAUACUUAGGUUUCUUGGCGUUUGUGUGCAUGAAGGUCAACUCCAUGCUCUGACUGAGGUAAAACCACCACUUGUCUCUGGCCUUUCCCCCUUUCUUCUUCACCCUGUUUCAUUCAUACACACUCACAACAGCUCUACAACUCACUUCUUAGAGGACAGUAUGGUGGGUUGUACAUCCCAACUGGCACAUCUGAUCUCCUGUCUGUUUCCUGUGCAGAACUGCCUAGUGCGCUGUGAUAACAGCACGUUCACUGCUGUGGUGGGAGACUUCGGCCUGGCAGAGAAGAUCCCUGAUUACAGUGACGGUGUGGGGAAGCAGCCUCUGGCCAUCGUGGGCUCUCCUUACUGGAUGGCCCCUGAAGUUCUGAGAGGGGAGCUGUACGAUGAGAAGGUGGAUGUAUUUGCGUACGGCAUCAUCCUGUGUGAGAUCAUCGCCCGCAUUGAAGCUGACCCUGACUUCUUACCCAGGACGGAGGACUUUGGUCUGGACGUGGAUGCAUUUGAGAACAUGGUUGGGGAUUGUCCACCUGCAUUCUUUAGCCUUGCUGUCACCUGCUGUAACAUGAGUGCAGAGGGGCGUCCAUCAUUCUCUGACAUUGUCUUCACAUUGGAGGACAUGGAUAGAGAAGAAGAAGGAGAAAAGCCCAUUUCACUUGAGCCAGUGGUGGCAGAUGUCAGCCCAUACCGGCGCCGCAGCUCUCCUUGUCACCAAACUGACCACAGCCAGCAACGGCAAGGCUUGGCGAGGAGCCUGUCGGACGUGUUACCCCCGGCAGCCCUGACCCCACCUCUCCUCGGAACUCCUGCGCGGGUCAACCCCUUCUCGCUCAGACACGACCUGAACGGGGGGAGGUGUAAACUCUUAGACACGCCCAGUAAGUCCGUCAUCUCCCUGACCUUCACUCUCCCGGCGCUGCGUGACCCAUGUGCCUCUCCCAACCUUCUCAGAGGGAUGCCGGGGACGCGAGCACUGCCGAGGAGAUGUCAGUCGCUCCCCUGUACCCCUGAGCUUAGCCGAACUCUAGCCUUGUCAAGAGACACAGAGGGGAGGGAGGAGGAAAACAAUGAGAAUGACAGAGUGGCGGCAGUUAAAGGAGGGGGUGAUAUGGAGGAUGACAUGAGGAAGAAGACAGGAGAGUUAGAAAAGGCAGGUGAAAGGUUGCGGGUAGAGAGUGUGGAGAUCACUGGACAGAAAAAGUUGUUAAAGGAGGAAGAUGGGAUGGGAGAAGAUUCAGGUCUUCCCGUCGAGCUGGAGAUGGUGUCUCUGGAACGGUUAGAGGAGGAGGAGGAGGAGGAGGAGGAAGAGGAAGAGGAAGAGGAAGAGGAGAGUGUAUGUCUAACAGAACCCAUGGACUGUACCAAGUCUCCAGAGCCAGCAGAGGGAGUCUUGGACUCCACAACCCUGCUCACCUCCACUUCCUCCACAUCCUUAAAGACCAACGGCUGGCGACUUCCCAUCUCCAAUGGACCGCCCUCCUUGCCUCCUCUUCCUCGACUGGACAACAAUAACGGCUCAGGCCUUGUGAUUGGCCAGCAGGUCCAGUGGGGUGGAGGAGGCCGGGCUAAUGGUUACAGCGAAGCCCAGGUCCUGUCCUCUGAUCCUAGCAACCCCUCUGAGCAGGAUGAGGUCAUUUCCUGUCCGGGCUGCUGUCUGGUGGGUCUGAGUUUCCCCUUGGUGUGCCUCCGUGGUUCAGCUGCUGUGCCUGCCCCCCGCCGAAGGGCUUCGUUACCACGGCAGCGCCCCUACCGGAACCUCAACGGUACCAUAACCGGUGGCAGCACUUCUUCAUCAACAACAGCCACUGCAGCAACCAAAGCUCUACUGUGUCGCAGCACAAAUGGACUAGUUGUGGCCGGGCCCUCAGUGCCAUGUGAACCCGGUCGGUCCCUGCCGGAGGCCCAGACAUAAGCCGGCUCAGAGGGGAUUUAGUUUUGAACUUGUGGCAUGCACUGGCACUAAAUGUUAGCAGACAAACAUAGCAACACUAAAUGUUGCUUUGCUAAUGCUGAGAAGCCAAUACUGACCCCAGCCUCUGAGAUGCGUUGUUAAUUCUUUGCAGUCACAGCAAACCGUAGUAGUUGGUGAUUAGAGCUUCACCUGGUGGACUGGAGGAUUAAACACAACAAAUCGCUGCAACACUAAAGAGCGGUUGUUGUGUAAAGGUAGAGGUGGCUAAGAGGCAGAAUACAGCUGAACCAGCUAUAAACUGGUCUGCAUCUCAUUACUGCCACUGUAAUGGUGCUGAUCCAAACAAAGCAGCUACUCUGACUUACACGCCUCAUCUCUACUCAACCAAAUCAAACUGUGUGCACUGGCUUCCAUUCUGGAAGCUGUCGUGAAAAAAAAGAAGCAUGUGGCUGAUUUAACAAGCUAAGUAUACUUGCAGUUUGAUGGCCAUUGAUAACGGUAAUAAUAACACUGUACUCAUCAAGGUAAUUACUGAGAUCUGGGACAUGAUUAAAAAGAAGUUGCAAGCAACGUCCAGGUUAGUGAGGCGAUUUGGAAGAAAAAUAAUGACCCAAAUUGGCCAUUGUAAACAUUCGCCACCGUUUACAGACUGACCCUCUUCUUUUGUUUUGCAUGGAAGGCCUGGCACUGCACUGCACUGUUGAGCCCAGGCUCUAUGUGGAGUGAAUAGAAAAUGACUUGUGAAUGGGGUUUACUUCAGCCAGCACAGUGUGGCUGCAGGUACAUAUAUGAAAACAAUGUUUUUGAUUCUAUUUAUUUGAUUAACAGUAGCUACAUGGGGAAUAUUUAUAAAAUGAAUAAAGAUGAUUUACUUCCUACAUUUUUAUAGCAGUUGAGCUGUAUGAAAAUGUGUGUGUGUGCAAGUGUGUGUGUGUGUGAGUGAAUGUGUGAGUGUGUGAGUGUGUGAGUCUGAUAUCUGUUGCUAAAGUGACAAACUCUUCCUGUUCUUGUCAUGUAAAUUCUUCAUGUUUGCACUUCAGUUUGGAGCACUUUGCAGUAAGACACCAGGCUUUGACUAGACGGUGCUUUAUCUAAAUCUGUGCUACUGGUGUUUUAUAUAUGUGUUCGCUUCUGCCCCCACAAACUACACAGCUUUCACCCUUCAUCUGACAUCUACUCCCCCUCACAUGUAUCUUGUGUAUGUACAUGUACAUUUUGAUGACACUGUUGUAACUUAAAAAGUGGCAUGUGAAGAAGCAGGUAUGGAUAUUUAUUGUAUAUCAUUCCACACACUGUGUGUGUACAGGAUGUGUUUUUGAGCGAAAAGUAGAGCGAUCACUCACAGGAGAACUUUUAUCCUGUCAUUUCUGAAGGUUACCCAUGGUUCCCUGCUUCAUAUUUUUAAUUGUAUCUGAUUCUAUACAGCUGGAAACCUGCGUGCAAUAAUCUGGUAAUAAACAAACAUGGU